UUGUUCCAAGGUUGAUCCAAGAACCCUUGAAAUUGUUAAGAGUUGGGAGUUAAGAGUUUCAUCAUCCUUGUGAGGGCUGAUUUUGCCCUUCACAAUAAUCCAGGAGUCCUUGAAUUGAGUCAAGAUGUCUCAGUGUCCUUGUCUUAAGGGAGUUCCAGGAUCACCCUGCGAUCCUUACAGAAGUUUCCAGGAUAACUGUGAGCUUGAGAUUGGCCGGGUCUGUGAAAGAGGUUCAGAGUGAGUCCUCUUCAGGAGCAGAGAGGAUCUUUGGCUGCAUGGUGAUGAGAGAGAGAGAGAGAGAGAGACCGGGACCAGCAGAGGACGGACCCCCUUCAGACCUCCAUCAGAGUCCUUGAGGAUCACUUCUCGCCGCCAUGAAGGAACAGAACGGUGAAGAGGAGGUCUUGAAGAUAAUGAAGGAAGCGCCAAACGCCAGAAAGGCUCUGCUGGAGAACUACGACAACCUGCUGAAGGUGGCCGAUUACUGCUACAACAACUACAUAGAGGCAGGUGAUGGCAGCAUCAAGGCGCUGGAGGAAACAAAGAAGUUCACCACCCAGUCACUGGCCAGCGUCACCUACCAGAUCAGCACCCUGGCCAGUAGCGUGCUGAGUCUGCUCGACGCUCAGACCAAUCAGCUUCGUCGCAUGGAGUCUUCCAUCAACCUCAUUGGUCAGACGGUGGAGAUGCACAAAGAGAAAGUUUCCCGGAGAGAAAUCGGCGCCUUCACGACGGUGCGACGAGUCCCACGCAACCACAAGAUCCUCCCUCCUGCUCAAACCCCCGCCGGGACACAGACCCGCCCACCGUACAGCCGCCGGCCAAUCAACUACCAGCAGCUGGACGACCUGGGCCACGGCAUGAAGGUCUCUGGGAAACAGUCGGAGCGAGCAGGAACCAUCCGCAAAGCCUCCAUCAGGUCCAACAAACCUCCAGAGCCGAUCCUGUGCCCGGUGGCGCCCUCUGUCAGCGGCUCCAGUUUUGGGAAACCCGUAGCUCCGCCCACCAUCCCCACCAUCUGCCAGGAUCCACCUGUGUGUGACAUCAUCGCCGAGCUGCUGGUAGAUGCCCCGCCUCCUUUUCCCACAGCGAAUGAAUUUUCAGCUCAGGACGAGGCGGUCACCAACACCUCGCCGCUGCCCCCUCCGCCUCCUCCUCCACCUGGAUCAUCAGGGGGACACAUGGCGGCGCUGCCUCCGCCUCCUCCUCCUCCACCUGGAUCGUCAGCAGACAUGAUGGCGCUGCCUCCUCCUCCGCCUCCUCCGCCUCUGUCGUCAGUUGAUAUGAUGGCGCUGCCUCCUCCACCUCCACCCCCUCCUUCUGGAGUUCUGACCAAUCACAUCGCUCCACCGCCGGCUCCGCCCCUCAGCCUGGAGACAGUGGUGGAGGAGACCCUCCUCCCCCCUCCCUCCCCGCCUCCUCCCUCUGAUGACGACGGCUUCCCUCCGCUGCCCAAUGAUGGCUCAGAACUGCUAGCCCCGCCCCCUCCACCUCCUCCCAGCCAGGAAGUAGACGAUCUGGAGAUCUCAGCCAUGCCUCCUCCUCUCCUAUUGGGCGGCGAGGGAGGUUUUGAUGACAUCAUGCCGCCCCUCCCGCCACCAGUGGACUACGACACCGACGCCCCCCCACACUACCUGGAGAAAGUGGUGGCGCUCUACAGCUACGAGGCGCUGAAGCCUGACGACCUGUCGUUCGCCGAGGGCGACGUCAUCUACCUGACGCAUCGCCAUGACGACGGCUGGUGCGAGGGGCUUCUCAACGGCAACAGGGGCUUCUUCCCCGAAAACUACGUCCAAUCGUGCGGCUAGGAACGAAGCCCCGCCCUCUGCUGCCCCCCACAGGUUAAACACGGGAACUGCAGGAACAAAACAGAGAAGAAGUACUUUAUAUUCAGAGAUCCAACUUAGAGUAAAUAUACACAGAGAGAAAGUACUUUCUAUUCAGAGAUCCAACAACUUAGAGUAAAUAUACACAGAGAGAAAGUACUUU